CAUCCAUCCAUCUACUCUUCCAUCCAUCCAUCAUCUAUCCAUCCAUCCAUCCGUUUCCCUCUCAGAGUCAUGGCUCCUCCCAGUCUCUUUCCAUAUAAAGGGAGCUGUUCUGUUACUUUAACCUCUAACUCAUUUUUUGUAGAAAUAUUCAAGAUACUUCAUGGAUUUGGAUUCAUUCAUUUUUCUUAUAGUGUAUUUUUCCUAAAUAUUCAUCCCAAUAAUUGUCUUUCAUUGGAUCUACUAGCAGACGGUUAGGCUAACACAGGUACUGAGGGCUGAUGGGAGGCGGAGUCCUGUUUGGAAAGAGGCAGACGCCCUCUAGUGGUGGGCGUGACACUUGCUGGUGGUGUGUUUGACGGGUUUCAUACGCCGGUCUGCUCGGAGGCUGAGUGGGUGCCACAUUCUCAGGUGACAUGUGGUGACAGCUCCAUCUGGACAUACCAUCUUUAAAAACAAACAGACCUGAGAUAGUGGGGGUCAAGGUCAGAGCUGGGACCGUCCCGCCUGGACUUGCACAGCUCAGCCAGCCAACCGGAGCCUCAGAGGGAGGUCCAGAGCUGCCUGCUCUGCUCGUCUGGAAGUAAUGCGUGGGUGAGGCUUUCAUGUGGACGUUACAUUUGAGAGAGGUUUCACUUGGACCUGAGCAGCUCCACAUGGACGGUGUGAUUGUUUGUGGCUCCUUUGGGUCUAGAAUCUGCAGAUGAUUCUCUGCGUGAAAACGUGUCUCCCACUGGAAUUCAGAAGAGCCGUCCAGAAGAGGGCGGCGUGGGACCAGGAGCAGCCCCUGGCCCUCGAGCAGUUUGUGCGGUCAGGAUCACGCCGCUCAGGACCAUGAAAGGCUCUCCUGACCUGAUGCCUGCAGCAGGUCUGGACCCCAGCAGGUUCUGCAAAGGGAAAGGAGUGGUGACUCUGAGGGCCACGCUGGUGCACUUAGAUGAUGACGGCUGCAUAACCUCAGAGCCAGGCGCCAUCACGCCGCCAGACGCCUGGAGCGGUCAGGUGAACGGAGGCGGUGCUGAAGCAGAACUGGCUGAAGGAGGCAACAACAAGGCAGCUCACCUGCUUCCAGACCACAGCGCUCUGAGCCAGACCCCUUCAGCUCCAUCAGUUCCCGCCCCUGUUUACCCCUCCACCAGCGCCGUCAACCCCACCAUCGUCCUGCUGCAGUACAACAGAGAGCAGCAAAAGCGUCUGUUUCCUUUGGCAGGCCCCGCCCCAGACAGGAAGCAGCGCCCCGACCCGGGGGGGGACUCCGUGAGUCCGGUGUCUGUCAUGGAUGAUGGGAAAAGGCUGCGGCUGUCACGGCCCCCCCCUGACCCCAGUCCUCUCCAUAAGCCGGCUGUUCCUGAGCGAAGCGCUGAAAAAUCCAAAGACUGGUAUAAGACGAUGUUCAAGCAGAUCCACCAAGUGACUGAGUCCAUUGAGGAGAACCCGUACCGCCCCUCCUACACUUUCCCCGAGAAUUAUGACAGUCACAUGAAAACAAAAGAUGAUGGCCCCGCCCCCUUUACUCACCUUGAAGAUGGAACAGCCGUCCCGCGGUCCCAGAGUGACAGUGUGAUGGAGUCCAGAGGCAGACCGGCGCCGGUUCCGACCCGGUGCUCCUCCCUCAAACCUUCAACCAGGAGGAAUGAGUGGGACCCCCCAGACAAAAAGGUAGACACCAGGAAGUACCGCGCCGAGCCCAGGAGCAUCUUUGAGUACGAGCCGGGGAAAUCUUCGGUGCUGAAGCUGGAGAGAACGACUCAGGAUGUAAAUCCAGAAGAUGUAGAUUUAGAGAGUGAGCCUUGGUAUAGAUUCUUUUCAGAGAUGGAGUUUGACAAUGUGAGUGCCCCCUCCUUCAGCCCCCUGGAAACAGCCUCCGACCUGCAGCCCUUCUCCUCCAGCAAGUCAGCUCUGGGCGAGGUGGAGGACAGAGGAUCGUCCACAGGGGAGCCUGUGGCUCCAGAAUGCGAGCGACAUGUUUACAAAAGUGUCCUGGAGGGCGGCGACAUUCCUUUGCAAGGUCUACGGGCUCUAAACAAACGCCAUGGCAGCUCCUCCUCCUCUAAAGUGGAUUAUGAAGGUGGGAAUAGCUAUAUAAUUUCACCCUGCUCCUCUGUAAAUAGUCGAUCGGUUCUUGCCAGUAAUGCAAUAGGUGACCAGUGUAAGAGUAAGAAGACUCUGUCUGCUGCCAAAGCCUGCAUUCCCCAAAUCCUGCCUUCUAAAUUCAAGCCCAAGCUGCUGCCACCUAGUGGCGACAGCCAAGACAGCAGGACCAAAGCUGUCAGGCACACCAAGGCCCACAGCUGUGAGGACCUUUACACGGGCCGGCGUGGAACCGUCUGCGCUGCAACAGGAGAACUGGAGGACUCAGACGAGUCCAGCUGUGGCGGCGGCGGCGGUACUGUUGGCCUCGGGAAUGACUCCCCUGCAAUCAGAAGGAGCUCGUCGGAGUUUUCCAGUCUGUACCGAACCAUGCAUCACAUCCAGCGGCCCAGCUCUGCAGGCUGCAGCCCCCAUGGCAGCGUCCGCAGCCUGGCCUCUCUGUUUGAGAAGGCCAAGGCAGAGACUGAGAGUUCAGAGGCAGGCGGCGGCGACAGCAGCGGCGUUCCUAAGGACAGCGUGUCGUCACGAGUCAGCGCAUUUGAAAUGAUCAUACAGAGAUCCAGCUCCACUCCCUGCCGCUCUGCCUCCCUUCCAACCCUGCACUCCAGUCACAGCCCCAGCCACAGAGCCGCCGUCCUCUACAUGGGGGCUGCAGUGUCAGCUGAAGCUCUUCUGGUACCUGACGCCACAUCCACUGAUGGCUGCACCCCAGAGCAGCCGGAGGCCAAGAGCCCGGGGCAAAACGCCGUCCCAUCACAGAACCGUGUGACUGAGGAGGAAGCAGGAGGUGCGGCCGUCAGGACCGAGUGUAACCCUGAAGCUGAAGUGGAGCAGAUCUUCAGAAAAAGUCCUUCAUCACAGUUCACAGCAUCGCCUCCAUAUCAGAGCCAUCUUCACCACCACCACCACCUUCUGCACCACCUGAACCAUCAGCUGCCCCUCAAACCCACCCAGUGCAAAGGCUCCUGCCCCGCCUCCUACACCCGCUUCACCACCAUCCUCCGCCACGAGAGGCAGCAAGCCACGGCGCAUCAGGAGAGGCCCCCCACUUCUGAGAAGAAAGCCACUUUGCCUGGAAACCUCCUGCUCAUGGGUCCUGCUCCCUUCAGAGUACGAAAGAACCUGCGGUCGCUCCAAUCACGGAGAACGUUAGCUACCAAGGUGACCGCUGGCACCCAGAGACCCAGCACUCUGUCCGCUGAGCUCAGACCUCUGAUCCCUCAGCGCCUCUCCUCCCUGGAGGUCCUGGAGAGGCUGAACAACGGCGAGGACGCCGACCACCUGAAUAACGGGCAGAACCUGGACGCCAACGGAAACCUCCUGCAGCUGCUGUCAGCUCACCGUAGAGACUCCUCCCCAGCUCACGGGGAAAACCAGGAUGAAGCCCUCAGAAGGCGUCAUGGUGACAAAGAGAAAAUACUGGAGGAGCAGCGGCGGCUAAAGCGAGAACAGGAAGAGGCUGACACAGCAUCGCGGCGACACACAGGCAUCGUCCCAACGCACCACCAGUUCAUCACCAACGAGCGCUUCGGAGACCUGCUCAACAUCACAGAUAACGCGGAGAAAAGGAAGUCUGGCAUCGAGAGAACACCCGCCAGAGCUCGCUUUGACUUCAGAGCAGAAACCUUAAAGGAAUUACCGUUUCAGAAGGGAGACAUCGUCUACAUCAUUCGCCAAGUGGAUCAGAACUGGUAUGAAGGUGAACAUCACGGAAGAGUCGGGAUUUUCCCUCGAAGCUACGUUGAGCUGCUCCCCCCCACAGAGAAAGCCCAGCCCAAGAAAAGCGCUCCGGUUCAGGUGCUGGAGUACGGCGAGGCCGUCGCUCGCUUCAACUUUGCAGGAGACACCGUGGUGGAGAUGUCCUUCAGGAAGGGCGAGCGAAUCACGCUGAUCCGGAGAGUCGAUGAGAACUGGUACGAAGGCAAGAUUUCUGGCACCAAUCGGCAAGGCAUCUUCCCCGUCACCUAUGUGGACGUGCACAAGCGGCCGCGGGUUAAGAACGGCGUGGAGUAUCCCGACCCGCCUGUCAGCCACUCCCCACAGCGAAGCACCAACGCCUCCCCCCAGCCUCCAAAGCUGUACCCCAAUCGUCUGACCACCUCCCCCCUGCCCCUCCCUCGUUCUGCCCGCCGCUCAGUUUCUCCUGAGGUCCACGCCGUCUCCUCCGAGUGGAUCUCCCUGACUGUGGGAGGCGGGAGUCCCCCUGCGGCCCCCACCCCUCCUCUGCCACCGCUCCCCACCGUCUCUUACCGUUGUGGCGAAUACCUGCCCCCCCCCUUCACCGGCAGCCCGCACUGCAUCUCCCCCAUGAUCUCACCGUCUGCCUCUCCUCUGCCCCCGCCGUACCCACCCCGGCCCAGCUCUGCCACUCCCUUCCUUACAUUCACCCCACCCCAGGGGCAGGACUUGCUGUCCUGUCGCUCCCCCCACCUGUCGCGCAGCGUGAGCCCCUCAGGCGAGCUGUUGCUGGAGGGCUGGCUGAGGGGGGAGAAGGAGCUGACAGAGGGCGAAUGCUCUGAGGGGGACGGGGGCCGAGCUGCCCGGGGGAGCUGGCGGAAUAGCCCUGCAGAGUUUGUUAAAAAUGAAGCCGACCUUGACGGGCGGAACUCCAGAAGCCCUGUGAUGCUUUUUGACAUCCAAGACAACAACAACGUGAACUCGUUUGCGCAACCCCAGUCCCACAGCAGCAGCCCAGAGCCCGGCCGCCUCAGCUGUGGAAUCUUCCAAGCCUUGUACAGUUACGUGCCACAGAACGAUGACGAGCUGGAGCUGCAGGAAGGAGAUCUGGUCAGCGUGAUGGAGAAGUGUGAUGAUGGCUGGUUUGUCGGAACAUCCAAGAGGACAAAGCAGUUCGGGACUUUUCCUGGGAAUUACGUGAAGGAGGUGAAACUGUAACUUUGGGGAGUCCUCGCCACCACGCUCGGCCGUGUCUGGGGGCGUGAUCAGACCGGCUGGGGUUUGUCCGCCUGCGCAUGGAAAAGACUGGAGCUCACUGAACUGCACACAGCACUCCAUCUCCAUGACUCUAGGAAUUCCCCCUGGAAUGCUCUGGUGUUGCACAAAUGUUGUCUCCAGUUUGUCCCAUAAUGCCUUAGGGUGGGGGUAGCAGAGCAGAGACCUUUACCUGAAGGGGACUGUGGAGGAAGAUUUCCUGGUGACAUCAGACACUUUGAGAAACUGAAAGAGUUUAACAUAAAUGAUGAAACAGAAGAAGCUGGACCUCUCCACGUGAAAUUAGCUUCCAAAAGUGAAGUUCCCGUGUUUGGAUGAGCUCUUUUAGAUCUGUCAGAUGAAUGGACUCAGAGCGUGAGACCCCUCAAACCUUCAGGAAGUGCUCUGAUGCAGCAGCUGCUUUUCUGCAGCCUGACUCUGCAGCCCUCUGUGCUUCACUGCUCUUGUCAUUUCCAUCCGAAGGUCUUCCUGCCGUUUUCCUGCAGUCCACUGCACAGAUGCAGACACCAGUGUUUGCUGUUUUUCCACAGCACGCGUGUGGAGCAUGAUGCAUGUCACGUGAUCAUGCUCCUUCUUUAGGUCCACAAACUUCUUAUCUGAUCUUUUUCGCCCGUUUUGUCGGCAAAAUAAAGUGUGCUGCUGACGCCUUUAAGCUAUCUGAUGGCGGCUGCCCGCUCCAGCACAGCAGACAGGCGUGGUAGCUCUGGACUUCCUGUUAGGUUAUUCAGGAGGGUUCUGUACGAGAUCUAAGAGGAGCCUAAUCCAUGAUGGCAGUUUUACUAAAAACCAGCGAGGAAGAUUCUGAUUCUACCUUUCUGACAUUUGAACCUAAAUGACCUCAUAAUAAGAGGUCAACAAAAACACAGCACACAGUCAAAAGCAGAGACACAAUCAUCAAAAGAGCGGGAAGAACCACCUCGUCUAACUCUAGAAACUACGAGUUCUUUUAGUCCUAAAUUCAAUGGAAUGGGAACUGCAGUUCCCCUAUGUCCUCCUGUGACCUUCUAUGUCCUCCUGUGACCUUCUAUGUCCUCCUGUGUCCUCCUGUGACCUUCUAUGUCCUACUGUGACCUUCUAUGUCUUCCUGUGACCUUCUAUGUCCUCCUGUGACCUUCUAUGUCCUUCUGUGACCUUCUGUGUCCUCCUGUGACCUUCUGUGUCCUCCUGUGACCUUCUAUGUCCUCCUGUGACCUUCUAUGUCCUUCUGUGACCUUCUGUGUCCUCCUGUGACCUUAUAUGUCCUCCUGUGACCUUCUAUGUCCUCCUGUGUCCUCCAAUGACCUUCUGUGUCCUCCUACGUCCUCCUAUGACCUUCUAUGUCCUCCUGUGUCCUCCUGUGACCUUAUAUGUCCUCCUGUGACCUUCUAUGUCCUCCUGUGUCCUCCAAUGACCUUCUGUGUCCUCCUACGUCCUCCUAUGACCUUCUGUGUCCUCCUGUGACCUUCUGAGUCCUCCUAAGUCCUCCUGUGUCCUCCUGCACCUCCAUCCCAUCAUACCCAGUAUUAGGCACCCCGUGUCAGAUUAGAAACACCAAACUUUUUGUUUUUCUGAGCUUCUCUAACUCAAACUCUCCGUGGUCGUGGUCCUCUGCUCAGUAACCUUCAGGAACCAGACUCCUCCCACUGCUUGUUCGGACCCGAGUGUCUUUUCCAGUAAAGUCCACUGCAGCUCUGAGAAACCCUGCAGAGAUCUGCAGAACUGAUCCUAGCAUGGUGGUGAGCGUUCCCUAAAGUGUACCCCCUUCUGAUUGACUGAUGGUCUUUCUGGUGGGACUUGUGUUCAGCUUUCUCUGUUGGCUCAGUGUUAGCUUAGGCUGCUGAUCAGGCCGGACCGGGCCGGCGUUUAGAGGCAGGUAGCCUGCAAGUUAAACUAAGCGUUUAGUCUAACUCAGUCCAAUCAGUGUUUCCUCAUCUCAGCAGCUGCUGCUUCAUCAGGGGUUUCCUCGUCUUCGUGUGUUUUCUUAGUGAAAGCGGUCAUGUGACCCACUGGGAUGUUGUGCACAGCAAGCAGACGUGUUUGGUUCCACAGCAGCAGCUUCCACGUGGUGCAACUCGCUGCUCUGAAACACUGAACGUCUCUCUGCUAAACUGCACAAAAAAGCUUUUAUUUGACUAAAUAUAUAUGAAGAUAAAAUAACAAACUGUUCCAUAAACAUGAAGGGAUGAAUGUACAGGAAUGUGAUGCUAAUCUGCGUCAUCUGGAAGUAACCUGCAGACUUUCAGAAGUGGCACAAGAAGGAAUGUAAAUAUGUAAAAUAGAGUCGGCGUCAGACUCUGAGCCUGCAGGAGUCGUGGUGAAGCACAGCAAAGCUCUGACACACGUCAACACAGCGCUGCCAUUUCAGAGGAUGCCUUAUCUUACACUCAACAUUGUGCCUCAUCAUGUUUUUUUUCUAAAUAUCUUCAUAACAUUAUUUAUGUAUCAGUGUUUUUCUGUUAAUCCUAAUCCACAUGAUGGCAGAUUAGAGUCUGUCCGUGUUCAUGUAGCUACGAGUGACGCGUUGCUUCAGCGUGAUGGUUCUAAAUCCUGAUGUUGGACUGAUGAGACGCUCAACCUGCAGCAGGUUUGGUUUGGCUGCUUCUCUUUGCAGUGCCGUUUCACUGAUAAUCCUUCGCUGUUAUGCAAUAUUUAAUAAACUGUUUCAAACUCUG